ACAUGCAGCUGUCUGAUGACGGGAGAAACUCUUCCCUCCUGAUCUCUAUUUAAUGCAUACAUGAGGUUCUGUUCGUUCAUGAGCCGAUCUGCCCCAGGUCUCUCUGUGAGUCUCCAGUCAUCCCGUGGCUGCUGCUGAGGAGGAGCUGGAGCAGAUGUUGAGUGCUGAUCCAGCGUGGAUCGAAGCUGAAGUUCUUUGAACACAGCACCUGGGUCGCGGCGAGGAGUGUGUGGGCACGUAAACGAGGAUAUCCAACGAGAGAAAUUACACCUUGGAUUCUGUUUUGAGAUGUGCUAAUCUUGAACUUCCUAUAAGACCAACCCCACUUGUCUUUGUUAGGUCCAAACUACCUAUCGUUUUUUUACCAGGAUAAAUUUGCGCUACACUUAAUUCGACAUAUUAACCUCUGCCUUUGAGCUUUGAAAUAAAUUGGUGAACAUGGUGGCUGAUGGAGACUCCCAGUCUGUGGGCAGUGAUGUCAGACUAAAGCAGGAGAUCUCCCUCCUCCAUGGGGUCUGCCUCAUCGUGGGAAAUAUGAUUGGCUCUGGAAUCUUUGUUUCUCCGAAGGGAGUUCUCAUGCAUGCAGGCUCUUACGGCUUGUCUCUGGUGGUGUGGGCCAUCGGAGGGAUAUUGUCUGUGAUUGGAGCGUUGUGCUACGCUGAGCUCGGCACCACUAUCCACAAAUCCGGAGCGUCUUAUGCUUACAUUCUGGAAGCAUUUGGAAGCUUCGUGGCUUUUAUUCGGCUCUGGACGUCCCUGUUGAUCGUAGAACCAGCCUCUCAGGCAGUGAUAGCCUUGACCUUCUCCAACUAUUUGAUCCAGCCUUUCUACCCCACCUGUUUAGCCCCGUACUACCCGGUCCGCCUCAUUGCAGCUGCCGUAAUAUGUUUGUUAACUGCUGUUAACUGCACGAAAGUAAAAUGGGGAGCGGUCCUCCAGGUCGUCUCUACUGUAGCAAAGUUGCUGGCGCUCCUCGUCAUCAUCAUCACUGGCUUGGUGAAGCUGGGUCAAGGUUUUGACCAGAAUUUUCAAGAGCCGUUCAAAGACUCCAAGCUGGAUAUGGGCCCCAUGGCUUUGGCUCUUUACUCAGCUCUCUUCUCCUACUCUGGAUGGGACACGCUCAACUUCAUCACGGAGGAGAUCAAGAACCCAGAGAGGAAUCUCCCUUUGUCCAUUGCCAUUUCCAUGCCCAUUGUCACAAUAAUCUACAUUUUAACCAACGUAGCUUACUACGUGGUCCUGGAUGCAGACACUGUGCUCUCCAGUGGAGCUGUUGCUGUGACGUUUGCAGACGAAGUCCUGGGCUGGGCUCGAUGGAUGAUCCCUUUCUCUGUGGCCAUUUCAUGUUACGGAGGCCUCAACUCAUCCAUCAUUACCGCCUCAAGGUUGUUUUUUGUUGGCUCCAGAGAAGGUCACCUGCCCGAGGCCCUGUGCAUGAUCCACAUUAAACGUUACACCCCGAUUCCAGCCCUUCUUUUCAAUGGGAUCAUGUCGCUAAUUUACCUCUCCGUGCCCGACGUCUUCCAGCUGAUCAACUACUUCAGCUUUAAUUACUGGCUGUUCAUCGGCCUGUCGAUGGCCAGUCAGAUCUACCUUCGAUUCAGAUUUCCCGAAUGGCCGCGCCCUGUUAAGCUGUCUCUGUUCUUCCCAAUAGUUUACUGCUUGUGCAGCUUUUUCCUGGUGGUUCUUCCCCUCUUCAGUGACACCAUCAACACUCUUGUUGGAAUUGCUGUUGCUCUGUCCGGAGCGCCAGUUUACUAUAUUUGUAUCCAUCUACCUCCCACGUCUAGACCACCCUUCCUCCGGAAAAUGCUUGAUAAGAUUUCCCUGUUCACCCAGAAACUGCUCUUCUGCUGCGUGGCCUCGCCAGAUAUUGAUCUGGACAACAUAGAACCAGAGAAGAUGGACUGAAGCUCGGUCUGAAUGGAGGAUGAUUGAAUACACAGAGGAAGGGAUAAGAUAAAAAUAAUAAUAAUACUAAAGUAAAUAAGCCUGAGAGAACCUGAAGAGAGGAGCCGCACAAACUUCCUGCCCUCCUCUUCUCACACCUUUCAGUCGGUGAAGCGGCAGCAGGGUGUUUCACACUAAAGCAGUUUACAGCAUUUUGAUUAGUAGUUUAAAGUUGUGUGUGUGUGUGUGUGUGUGUGUGUGUGUGUGUGUGUGUGUGUGUGUGUGUGUGUGUGUGUGUGUGUGUGUGUGUGUGUGUGUGUGUGUGUGUGUGUGUGUGUGAGAGAGGUAGUGGCAGUAGCAGGGUGAGAGAGGAAACUCACCGGCACUCCUCAGAGAUCACAAAAACAGUUUUGCACAUAUUCUACUGACUGUUCUGUGGAUUACAAAUAGUUUUGUUACAAGUUGCUGAACCGAAGGACCAACUGCUGAUUAUCUUACUGUUUUUUUGUUUUGUUUUUUUUUUUUCCCAAGAGUUGACAGGUCAAGAUGUCCGGCUGUUUUUCACUCAUUUGACAUUUCGUCUUUAUUUAGAAAACUUUCUGCUCCGGGUUGUGGGUGACGUUAACGUCCAUCAGCAAAAAUUUAUUUGCCAAAUUUUUGUUGAAGUUGUGCCUUAUUUUCAUCCCUCUCUUGCCUUUUUCCACACAUGUGCAAACAGCUGAGGAUGGAAACCUUAUGCUUAUUUACUGUGAUUGUUGCAGGAUUAAAUGCCCCGCAUAAUGUUAAGAGGCAAACCUCACGAUCAGGCACGCUGUUGCUACUGAUCCCUGCCAGUCUCAAAGGAUUGUGAAACAUGUAGGACAUUUAAUGUUGCAGUGUGUCGUCAUAGAGCUAAUAACAUUCAGACUCUUGUGUUAUUCAGCUGUGUGGAGUUUGAGCUGCAUGUAGAAAUGUGGCCCUUCUGAACUUUAUGUGCGCUCCAAGUGUGGUGAACUUUUCCUGCCUGUUGUAACGUCUUGAGCACAAUUGUUGAAACUUUACUGUAACAUAGCCAGAUAUUUUUGUCGUCUAAAGCAAUUCCUGCACCAAGCAGUCUUUGGCUUGAUGGGUCGUAUUUACAACACAAGUUGAAAACCAAGACCAAUGCCGUUCAUGUGCCCGUUUGUUUUCUCUGGGAUUCUAGUAAAUGUUGAGACCAAACUAUAGUGAGCUGUUUGUUUUAAAGAGAAUAUUGACUACAACAUUUAGUCCAUUUCCAGCAGGUAUGAGCUUAUAUUUAACUACAUGCAGUGAAUGUCGCAAUAUAAAUGGUGUGUUUGCUGUUUCAAUGGAUACCAAAUGUUUUAAAAUUUGUUGAGAAACGGAAGAAAGAGUCUUUUUUUUUUACCUUUCUAUGGUAAAAGAUAUGGACGUAGACCAACCAAAUGCUGAAAACCGUUUCAUUCUUAUUAUUUCAACUGUAGAAUGUAUGUGCUGUGUGUUUCAUCCAAAUAAAGUUGAGACGAUGUA